GGCUAUGGGACGCCGUGACGUCGGGCUAAUUUGCCGCCGGGGAGGGCGGGUGAACACACUGCGCGGUCACAGUCAGUCAGUGAGAGACAGACGGGUGGCGGCCGCCAUCUUGGCUGCGGAUCGGUUUGGUCGGCGACAGAUAUAACCGGAGAGAAAGCAAAACAGCUCUGCCUCACACCAUCUGUUACUAUAUACACCGGGACACCACCGGGACCGGCCGCCAUGUCAGAGACUCAGGAGCCGGCGCCGCGGGGUGAGAGCGGCCAAGAGAAGCAGGACACACAGGAGAAAGGUGCUGUGAGUCUGGAGCAGGCAGAGGAAGCCAAGCUGAAGGCCAAGUAUCCAGUGCUGGGGCGGCCUGGAGGUUCUGAGUUCUUAAUGAAGAGGCUGUACAAAGGGCAAAAAUACUUUGACUCUGGAGACUACAACAUGGCCAAAGCCAAGAUGAAGAACAAACAACUCCCGGCGAGCGACCCAGACAAGAACCCGGUGACCGGGGACCACAUCUUAACGCCAAAGGACUUACCACAGAGGAAGUCGUCACUGGUUACUAGCAAGUUGGCAGGCUGAUAGGUCUGCACGUGUGUGGGUGUGUGUGUGUGUGUGUGAAUGUGUGUGUCCGUCCGCUGUAUAUCGAGGCUGGGGACCAUCCAUCGCAGGCCUGCUGUAAUUCAUGAGGGGGGGAGAAAUGAAUAAGUUAUAUAAAGUUAUUGUGAACUUUUUAAACUCAA